CCGCGAAGGUUGGGGGAAUCCUUGCAGAGUGACACACCUAAGGUAUCCUGGCUCCCGUACACGAGCUGCGCCCCGCCUAGGCAGGCAUUGGCCCUCUGUGCGGACUGCGUUUCCCGAGGCCGCGGACUAGGCCCCAUGUCUCGGCGCCCAGGCGGUGAGCAGGAAUCUCUGCCGCCCUGGCAGCCUGGGAGCCUCUGAAUUCCAGAAACCCGCUGGGGCCUUCGGAAGAGGGCGGGCCCAGGACCACGAACACACCCCCUCGCCCCGGCCUGGCCCCGCCCCCAGUGGCCUCGGGGACGCGCUGCCGCGGAGACUGACGCGAAGCCCCCAGCCUUCCUAAGAGCGUGCGCGCGCCCGAGGGCGUGCGUCAUCGGUGUCGGCUCCCGGCGGCUGGGUGGUCGGUGGCCGGUGUAGCAGAGCGGGGGCUGCGGGCGGCGAGAAGAGGAACGAACAGGUGGGGGCGCGGCACGCGGACAGAACCCCCACAAAGGCCGGGAGGAGGUGCGCGACACGACCUUUCUUGAUCUCCGGGAGAAUCCUCCACUCCAUUGUCUCCUGGCCCCACCCUCCAUUGGGCACGCCCCUCGCCUUAUCUUCCGCCGGUUAUUGGCUGCAUGUCACGCCCUUCCUCGAUUUCUGGUUCCCCAUUGGCUCUUCGCCUUAUCCUCUCCCGGUGCUUCUUAUCGGCCCAGGCCACACCCUCUCAUUUGUCACCAGACCCCGCCUUUAGUAGUCGGGGGCUCCUCCCCCAUCCAUCCUUUAAUUAUGCACCCAGUGCUGGGUGCUUCGUACACUAGGGUGAAUCAGACCCAGUUCCUGCCUUCGGGGAGUUCAGGGGAUGGUGGGAGGACACGGACCUAGGAUCCGACAGUGACAGCUCUGAGUAAAGAAGUCGCCGAAGCAGUGGGACUCUAGACGCGGGGAAGGCUUCCUGGAGGAGGUGAGGCCUAAAGUGAGCCUUGAAGAAUGCUUAAGAGUUUGCUGCAGGAAUAUAUUGCAAGGACAUUCUUGGCGGAAGGACCUGAGACAUGAAAGGAACGCGUUUUCUGGUAAUUUCGAGGAGAUGGAGAAAUAACAGCAUGUGUUUAUGCUGAUGGAAAGACUCCAGUAGAGAGGAAGAGAUUGAUGAUGUAGGAGAGAGGAGAAAUGCUGAAAAAGGUCGACAGUGUGGGGAGUUGGAGUGACCCGGCUGGAUGUGACCCCCAGGACAGAAUGGUGCUGGACUCGGGGGCUCAGGCGUAUGAGCAGGCACCCCACAGCCCACCUACCAGUACCUCAUCCCUGCGCCAUAGGCUGAAGCCCUCAGACCGAGAUGGGCCACCACUGUACCCCUGGUCUCAGUCCCUGGCCUUGCCUCUGGCUCUGGCAGUCCCUUCAGCACUGCAGUCCCAGCCUGAGCAGCAGCUCUUCUCACAGCCACACUUGGGCCACCGUGGCCACAUGCGUCGCAGUGAGAGCACCUACACUGUAAAUAGUAUUGGCCGGCGGGGGCGUGGCACCCUGGGACGGCCUACACCUGGACGGGGACGGAACCCAGAUGGGGGCACCCUGCGGCCUGCGGCCUCCCUGCCUCACAUUGCUAAGACUCAAAGGGAUGCAGGCCAUGGUGCCAGCAAGAGCCCCUGCAUGUUGGUGGCCCUGCGGCCAACCAACAUGGACCGUGAGCGAGACAAGUUCUUCCAGUCCCAUUACACCUACAAUCCACAGUUCGAGUACCAGGAGCCCGUGCCCACUGCUGUGCUGGAGAAGUACUGUGAGGCCUCUGGACAGUUCAUCCAUCAGGCAGUUGGCAUCAUUGAGGCUGUUCUGGAGAAGUUUGGAACCUAUGAACACUUUGAGGCUGCCACCGGGGGGCAGCUGCUCACCAAGUGCCAGAUAUGGUCCAUUGUGCGCAAAUACAUGCAGAAGGAGGGCUGCGUUGGGGAGGUUGUGGUGCAGCUGAGUGAGGACCUGCUGUCCCAGGCAGUGAUGAUGGUGGAGAACAGCCGGCCCACAUUAGCGAUCAACCUGACCGGAGCCCGCCAGUACUGGUUGGAGGGCAUGCUUCGGCAUGAGAUAGGUCAGGAUGUGAACAUCCGGGCGGGCACCCACUACCUGCGGGGUGUGAACAACGCGCGCCAGCCGUGGCACAACGCGGAGGGCCGGCUGCGGUACGGGCUGCGGCCGGCGAACCCCACAGAGGAGGGUCUGGCCAGCCUGCACAGCGUGCUGUUCCGCAAGCAGCCGUUCCUGUGGCGCGCCGCACUUCUCUACUACACCAUCCACCGCGCUGCGCGCAUGUCCUUUCGCCAGCUCUUCCAGGACCUGGCGCGCUACGUGCAGGAUGCCAACGUGCGCUGGGAGUACUGCGUGCGCGCCAAGCGCGGCCAGACGGACACCUCGCUUCCGGGUUGUUUCAGCAAGGACCAGGUGUACCUAGACGGCAUCGUGCGCAUUCUGCGACAUCGCCAGACCAUCGAUUUCCCGCUGCUGACCUCACUGGGCAAGGUGUCCUAUGAGGAUGUGGACCACCUGCGGCCCCAUGGGGUGCUGGAUAAUACCCGAGUGCCCCACUUCAUGCAGGACUUGGCACGCUACCGGCAGCAGCUGGAGCACAUCAUGGCCACCAACCGGCUGGAUGAGGCAGAGCUGGGUCGUCUGCUGCCAGACUAAUGUCAGUUGAGGGCUGCAGGCAGAGGCCCUGGACAGAAGCUCCAGAUAGGCCCCCAGAACAUGAAGCUGUUUGCUCUGUGCAUCCACGGCCUGGGUGUUUCUUGGGGGUGUUGAGAGGGCGGGAGCAUUCCAUGAGGAGGAGCAGCAACAUCAUAGGGUUUGUGUCCAUUGCUAGCCUUCUUGGGGCCUGGGGACCUGCAGCAGCAUGUCUGGCAAAUUGAGUUGCCCUCCUCCUUCCAGCUCUGUUGAACAGAGGGAAGGCAUGGGGGCAGGAAGGGAGCUGAGCGUUGACGGGGAUGGGGUGGUUUGGGAAUAGAAACUUGUUCUUGCAUGAGAUGGCUUUGGGUGUCGGGGUACUCCAGUGUCUCCCUUCCCCCACCUGACCCCUUGGUGCUCCUUCAGCAUUUGUGCUGUCUACCUCUCACUGGGUCCUGGUGGGGGUUGGGAUCCCUUCUCCUGGGGUGAUUGAUGGCCUGAGCCUGGGGUCAGUAGAGACCCAGCUGGUCUGGGGUAUUCAUUCCAUAUUUAUGCGCUCUAUUUUCUGUGGCUGGGAGCAGCAGCUUCUGAAGAUUCCAUGGGGAGAACAGGAUACUCCUUCCUGGAAGGCACCGAUUUUCCCAGCCCCACUCACAUUACACACACACACACACACACACACACACACACACACACACACAGUGAUUUAGGCCUUGUGAGUCAAGCCCAAAAGUUCCCUUGGCCCUGUCCCCACCCCCUCCACUGGCCUCUCCUGUUCCUGUCUUUGCCCACACUCUCACAGCUGGUCUCGGACAGAGGUUAGCACAGCCUAGGAGCAGCUGCAAUUGCGCCUAAGGGACAGGCCCCUAGAGUUUGGUGGCCCAAGACCUGAACCCCUCCUAGACCAGGUGAGGUGCACAGGUGGUUGCUGCUUCCAGUUUCCCUUCAGACUUAGCUGUGUGAGCUCCACUCCUAUCCUCUGGCCUUAGUUUCCCAUCUUUAAAACUCAGAAACGCAGUUGGAAAGUCCUUAUUCAUGUAGUCAGCAAAUAUAAUAUGUGUACAGCGCCUUUUGUGUAAGUUACUAGUCAGAAUCCUCACUGAGCUCCCAGUCCAGAGGGAAGCCAAACAAUUAAAACAGUAAUGACAA